CGCGCGGAUCGUUGACGAACAGCUCGUCAGCAGCAGAUGACAACAACAAACCAGUCGUGUUAGCCGGCCAGGCUACUACUUCCGAGCGAGCCCUCCGCUGCUCCCCACUCUCCCCGUGAUAAGAGUUGAAGAGCAGCCAGCCUCCGCGCGCGGGGACAGCGACAUGGCCGAGGUCCUCUCAGAGGCAUGGUUCUGAGCGGGGAGAGGAAGGUCUGGCCAAGCUAGCUCGAUGUCAGCGGGGCUGGAGCAGGGCAGCUAGCUAGCUCCGCUGCUAGCUCGUUAGCUAGCCCAAGCGAGGAGGAGAGCCGGGACGGAGCGAUGCGAGGGUGGCCCUGUGUGACUAAAUGAGCAAGAGUCAAGGGGGGCGAACCCUGGUGGAAUCAACAUGAAGUUGUACGUGUUCCAGGUCCUCAAUGGCAGCACAUUGACAUUUGACACCGACCUCGCUGUCCAAACUGUACUGGAGCUUAAAAAUGCCAUCCACGCCAAAUACAAAAUUGCAAUUCAACAUCAAGUCCUGGUUGUCAAUGGAGGGGAAUGUAUGGCUGCAGAGAGACGCGUCUGCAGCUACAGUGCUGGCACUGAAACAAAUCCAAUUUUCCUGUUCAACAAAGAAAUGAUCUUGUGUGAUCGAAAUCCAACAAUCCCCAAAACCACCUUCUCGGUUGAGAGUGAGAUUCAAGUGAAGGUGGAGGGGUCACUACUGAUGCCAGCUGUCUUUCACACCGUUGCCUCUCGAACACAACUUGCUCUGGAAAUGUUUGAAGUUGCCAACCAACUCAGCUCCUUUUGUGAACGCCUGGUUCACGAUCAACACCUCCAGCACCAAGGAUGGGCUGCCAUCAUGGCUAAUCUGGACGACUGCACGCUAUCCUAUCAGAAGCUGCUCCUGAAAUUCGACUCGGCAUACUCAAAUUAUCAACAGGAUUUGGAAGAAAUCAAGUUUAAACUCACAAAGUUGGGCACCGCGGUUUCUGUCAUGGCCAGGAUCCCCCUACUUGAAUGUUUGACAAGACACAGCUACAGAGAAAGCAUAGAAAAAUCCAGCUCGUCCCCCGUCAAAGACUCGGAUGAUACGGAAGAAGAAAAAUCGACAGACUCCGUACUCUCCACCACCACUGACGUAGCGAUGCCCAGCAGGCCACAGACCUCCUUCUCUGCUUCAGAAGCAGCGGCCACGGAGACGGCAGGUGAGCAAGAGGCCAACGAAAUGGCCGUCAGCGGUGGGCUGAGGGCGGCGCUGCUCGACGACGGCACUCCAGACAACGCCAACGUGCCCUUCUUCAACGUCACACUGUUGGACUGGAUCAACGUGCAGGAUAGGCCCAAUGAUGUUGAGUCGGUCGUGAGAAAGUGCUUUGACUCAAUCAACAGGCUUGACCCCAGGAUCAUACAGCCCUUCCUGGCAGACUGUAGUGAGAAAAUUGCCAAGUUAGAUAAUCAAAACAUGAAGUCCAUCAAGGGGCUGGAGGACAGACUGUACGCUCUGGACCAGAUGAUUGCGAGCAGCAAGAAGCUGGUGAAUGAACAGAAGGAGCUCGCUCAGGGAUUUCUGGCCAACCAGAAGCGGGUCGAAAACCUGAAGGACACGUCCGUCCUGCCUGACUUGUGUCAGAGUCACGCCAGCCAAUUGAUGAUCAUGCUGAACAACCACAAGAAGCUGCUGGACAUCAAGAAGAAAUGCACCACUGCCAAACAAGAACUUGCCAACAACCUUCAAGUUCGACUCAAAUGGUGCUGUUACGUCAUGUUUCAUGCCGACCAGGAUGGCGAGAAACUCCAAGCUCUGCUGAGACUCCUGACCGAGCUGAUGGAGAGAAUCCGGGUGGUGGACGCCCUCAGCACUGUUCCUCAAAUGUACUGCCUGGCGGUGGUGGAAGUAGUGAGGAGGAAGAUGUUCAGACAACACUACAGAGAGUGGGCCAGUGCACUGGUGAAAGAUGGCCGACAACUCUACAAGGCAGAGAGGUUCAAAAGAGAGUCCUUUGGGAAACUCUUUCGGACAUCUUUCCUGCGGAAUCGCUUGUUUCGAGGACUGGAUUCAUGGCCGCCGUUAUCAUUUUGUACACGGAAACCCAGAAGGUUUGACGAUGAACUUCCAGACAUCUCUGUGGAAGACCUGCGGUAUCUGAAGUCCUGCUGUCCUGCGGAGGUGCAGCCUUUUCUCAUGCUUCCUACAAUGUGCGACUUUGAGCCCCUGAACAGUCAUGUGGUGAGGCUUCAGCAACUCGUUCAAGCUGCGCAGAGUUUGGAUGAGAUGUCUCAAACCAUUACAGAGCUUCUGAGUGAACAAAGGGCCUCAUGUAGUCACAUUUCACAGAGAUCGACCCCCUUGACCCCCCAGUCAACAGAAAGUUUACCUGCCUCCACGACACCCACGUCAUCCAAGGGCCCUUCUGCCCUCAACCUGCCUUCACUCAGCAGCCAACCACUUCCUGUCCCUGUCCCCGCCCCUCUAGAAGAUCUGUCUCCAGACAGCAUUGACGCCCAGACCUUUGACUUUGAAACCAUCGGCCACCCCAACAUGGAUCCGGUCCUGCAGCAGGUCUCCCUGGACUUGGACUCUCUGGCCGAAAGCCCUGAAUCUGACUUCAUGUCUGCGGUCAAUGAGUUUGUGAUCGAGGGGAACCUGAUGUCCCCGAACCCCAUCAGUGACCCCACCAGCCCCGAGAUGAUGGUGGAGUCUCUGUACUCCUCCGUCAUCAAUGCUAUCGACAACAAGCGCAUGCAGGACACCACCACGCUGGAGCGGGAGAACUCCCGGAUCACCGCCCUCAGCCGAGUCGUCGAGCGCUACCAGUCGGCGCUGGAGGAGUCCCACUCCAACUUGAGAAGUGUGAAGGACGACCUGGGCCACUUACGAGGUCUGGUGUUGAAAGAACACGAUGACUAUGCCUUACUUUUACGUAGCAUUAGCACAGAAGUGGGCAGUCUAGUGGACAGAAUUUGUCAGACUCAAGAAGUUGCCUUGAAGCAGCAGCAUGACGGUCAAAUUCAGUGUCUCCAGCAGCAGUUUGAGGAUCAGGUCCACUCGCUGACUGAAGAAAACCAAGUCAACCAGGAUAUAGUGAGAGACGUGCAGCGUGCCAUGCUGGAGCUGGAGGGACGGAUGGAGCGCAAAGAGAAGGAACUCACCUUGAUGGAGAGUGAAAAGCAACAAUGGAACGCCACGGAGAACAGUCUGGUGGAGAAGAUGGGAAACAUGGAGAAGAUAAUCAGUGAUCAGGCUGAAGAGAUCCUAAGUCUGUCGGGUGUGAGGGACUCACUGACCGGUCAGGUGGAUGACCUGCAUGCAGAGAUCCAACGCAGCAGAGAAAAGGUCCAGCAGGAGAUCCAGGCCUCUCAGCAGGUGCACCUGAAGGAGCUGGAGCACAGACAGCUGAAGCACAAGGCAGAGUUGGAGACACUUGUCAAGGAGAAACAAGAGGCUCUGGAGAAACUGGCGGCUGAGAAUAGAGCCCACUUGGAUGAAGUUACCACUCGCUACACUGAGACGAUUACAGAGAAGGAAAACCAGAUGAAGGAAUUGGAGGAGGGCAGUUCCAAACUUUCCGAGUUACGCUGUAAGCUGGAGAUGGAGCUCGCGCUCAAAGAGUCUGAAGCGGAGGAGAUGAGGCUCCUGCUGGAAGAGACUAAGCUGCAGAAUGUUGAGGCUCUGAAAUCGGAGGUGGAGGCGAAGACGGCGGAACUCACGCAGGAGCUGGCACACAUCAGAGAGGAGCUUCGGGUCAAGAACGAGGAGUACGAGGUGGACCUGGCUGAGCUGAGGACCCUGAUGAGGAUGGAGAAGGAUCACUGCAUCUCGGAGCUGGUGGAUCGCUAUGAAGAAGAGGCCAUCUUGUUGCGCACCCAACUCUCCUCGUUCCAGCUGCAAGCUCAGGAAGCUGAGCGGAGCCAUGAGGAGGCAGUGGAGAAGCUGAAGCAGGAGCUGGAUCAGCUGGUGUCUUCGCUCAGAGACCAACAGGAAGCACAGCGUAGACAUUUCCAAGAGCUGGAGCAGGAGCUCCGGACCACCAUUGGGAACCUGCAGGCCGACAAGGACCUCUUAACUCAACAGCUCGAGCAAGAAAGAAGUGAACGAUCCAUGAAGGAGCCGUCGCCAGACGCUCUGAGCGAGCUGCAGCAGCAGAAGGAAGUGAUGGAGAAGGAACUGUGCGACAGAAUUGGCGAGCUUCAAAAUGAGCUGCAAGAAAUCCAAACAUCUAAAGGGGAAGCCAGUUUGCCAUCACACGCUGAUGCGGUGGAGCCUCGGUCGCUGGACUCUGCGCUGCACGAGCUCCAGCAGGAGAGAGACUCGCUUCAGUCCCAGAUGGAUCUCCUGGAGAAGAAGAAGAACGAGGAGAUGCAGAACCUGAAAACGUCUCUUAUUGCAGAGCAGCAGACCAACUUCAACACUGUGCUCACGAGAGAGCGGCUGAAGAAGGAGCAGGUCAUAGGCGAGCUGAAGGAGAAGCUGCAGAGAGUCACCCAGCAGCAGGAGAAGGACAAAGCUCUGAUCGAGAAGCUCUCCGAGGACCGAGCCAGUGUCAUGCAGGAGAAGAAGCACCUGGAGGAGGAGCUCAACCGCCUGCGCAGCACCACCCUCAUCUCCUCUGCCUUCUUCACCUCUAACCCGGCACCUGUGGACGUAGGUGGCGCUGCAGCCGGGGCCUCAGUGGCAGAAGCGGCGGUGGCGGCGGCGGCUCUGCCUUACGCUGAGGUCUGCUCCUCUGAACCUGAAGCUGAGCAUCUGGCCCCGGAGCUGGCAGCCAGAGACGACGACUUCAUCGACUCGGCGGUGGAAGCCAGCAUGGUGUCGGUCCACGACAACUUCCUGAUCUCUGAGGAGAAGCAGCGGAUUCUCCUCCUUGAACGGACUCUUCACAUGAAGGAGGAAGAAAACAAGCGCCUCAGUCAAAGACUGAUGUCUCAGAGCAUGUCGUCGGUGUCGUCGCGUCACUCGGACAAAAUCGCCAUCAGAGAUUUCCAGGUGGGGGAUCUGGUCCUGAUCAUCCUGGACGAGCGGCACGACAACUAUGUUCUGUUCACCGUGGGUCCGACCCUCUACUUCCUCCACUCAGAGUCUCUCACUGCACUGGACCUCAAACCAGCAUCAGGGGCGUCACGGCGACCGUGGGUAUUGGGCAAGGUGAUGGAGAAGGAGUACUGUCAGGCCAAGAAGGCCCAGAACAGGUUCAAGGUUCCGCUGGGAACCAAGUUCUACCGAGUGAAAGCUGUUCCCUGGAACAGAAGAGUAUAAUAAUAAUAAUAAUAAUACUACUGUAUAAAUAUACUGCUUAAGUUUUGAGGAUGGACUUCAUCCAUUGAGUUCAACAUCUCUGUUUUAGUUUGUUUUAAUUGAAGGUUUGUCAUUAUUUUAUGAUCAUGGACCAAAUGCUAUGACCCUGUCGGGGCGCGCGCGCCCGACCACUGUGGCAUUAGCCAUGUGACCCGUGUGUACAACUGAACAAAGACUUGGCUGUUCCUCGUUUCCAUGACCUGCAUCUGUCAUUCUGUGGAAAAUACUGUGUCACUAUGGAUAUCAAACACUUGUACGAUACAUGUCGACGAGGAAUGCUGGCGGCUGCAUGCUGAAAUGCUUUCUUUGAUUUCUCCAGAUAAAUGUUGUAGUGGGAACCUAGUGAAUGCCGCUGCCCAUCUUCACCGUGCACUUUGGAGCAGUGCUUGGCUUGCUGGUGGACAGGGAGGGGGAGGCGCUGCAUUGUGCGUUAGCCAUCCAGUCAGGGCUGCAUUGUACCAGAGAGUUUGGAAACAAUAAAGGACUGGUCCCAAACAAAUCCUCUGCU